AUGGACUGGCUGUACAACCUGCUGUUUCUUCUCACCAUUUCCAUCUUUCUGGGGCUGGGUCAGCCCAGGAACCCCAAAAGCAAGAGGAAGGGUCAAGGGCGGCCUGGGCCCCUGGCCCCUGGGCCUCAUCAGGUGCCGCUGGACCUGGUAUCACGGGUGAAGCCAUACGCCCGAAUGGAGGAAUAUGAGAGGAACCUUGGGGAGAUGGUGGCCCAGCUGAGGAACAGCUCCGAGCCAGUGAGGAGGAAGUGUGAGGUCAAUCUGCAGCUGUGGCUGUCCAACAAGAGAAGCCUGUCACCAUGGGGCUACAGCAUCAACCACGAUCCCAGCCGCAUCCCCGAGGACCUGCCAGAGGCUCGGUGCUUGUGUCUGGGCUGCGUGAACCCCUUCACCAUGCAGGAGGACCGCAGCAUGGUGAGCGUGCCGGUGUUCAGCCAGGUGCCCGUGCGCCGCCGCCUCUGCCCGCUGCCACCGCGCACUGGGCCCUGCCGCCAGCGCGCGGUCAUGGAGACCAUUGCCGUGGGCUGCACCUGCAUCUUCUGA